GAGAGAGGGGGGGGAGGCAGGGGGAGGAGGAAGGGAAGGAAAGGGAGAGGAAAGAAGAAGUUUCGACCCAUCUCCGAUGAAGUUAUUCAAACUGCGAGACUCCUGGCGGACAUUUUCGUCGACCUUUUGUCCUGUUGGAUGAAAGUUAAAGUGAAGUUUAGUGCAGCAACAGUUUGGUGGGCAGGAGGGGCUUCUCGAGGGGGAAAGGAGGAGGAAGAGAGCUGGUAAGUUGGCUCGUUAAAGUUGUCCACACUUUUUUUGGGGCAUGGCUGUGGGCUCUGAGCGUGCUGUGCGUCAAUGUACUGCAGUUAUUGUAGACAUGAAAAGUUUGAAACUAUGGCUCCGUCUCUGUGGUGCCUUCAGGGACGCUUUGCUCUACUUAUGCUUGAGUUGCAUGAAGACAACAGAGUAGUGUAGCCUGUCGGGUUACUGUAAAAUUGUUGCUCAUGAUCACACGGGGUUGUGCACCUAUUGGUAUAUGUAAGUGUUCCUCUUCGUACUGUCAGAUGAGUGUUUGAGUUUUAGUAGGUUUAUUUUAGACUUGCCUAUCUGCAGUUUUCUUUUUGAGCAGUUUGUUAAAGUUGUUGUCACAGUUUCAGCACUUAAACACAAAGGCAGGGAUAAAAGUGGACCCAGAGGCCCCAACACAAGAACCCAUUGGUUAUCUAUGAGACACAUAAUCUCAGAUUGAAGUAGAGCUGAAACAAGGGAGUGAUUGAAAAGUCAAUAAGCAGAAAACAAAUCAAAACUUAACCUAGUUUCACAAGUUUUAAAUACUUUGAACAUUUCUUUCUAAAAUGUGUCAAAUUUGAAGGUAUUUAGAUUUUUUUUUGUUUCGCAUGAAUGCAAACUAGGGGUGAGAGAAAACAUCCAUUCAUUUAAGUAUCUCAAUUUUUGUUUUUACAAUUUAUAAAUCAAUUUUUUUGUUCAAAAAUCUUUUUUUUCUUCUCCAAAUUUAAGAAUAAAGGUCCUUACACACUGGGGCUGACGCGAAUAUAGAACGCAAAAUUACAAAAUAUUCAGAGGUGAAUUUUGACACGCCUGACUAUACACAUCAAGCACCGACUUUCCAGUGGGGGAAAGAUGUAUCCUGGGGAAGACUUUUCACCUCUGAUUGGCUAGAAAAGCUGGAAACGUCAUCACACGUUCAAGCCAAACGGUCAGCACUUAUAGCCAAUCAGAGGCGAUAAGAUAAGCACAUGAAACUAUGGUAACAACCGUUAGCACAUGUUAGCACAGAUAAAAGUUAAAACAAAGACAUUUAGCAAACUGUUACAGCACACAAACUAUCGUCAUAUGAGAGAUCCGACGCUAUGACUCUCCACAAGUUGUUCUUCAGGUCGUUAUCUUUGUAAUGUUUGUGUCUUUUAUCAAAAAGCACUCUGUUCUCCGACAUGUAAACAACAGCCAGUCGGCCAUGUUGGAUAUACCGGUGAAUCUGACGUCGCAAGCAACAACACGCAAUCUGAUUGGUCAGAAGUGGACACACAGUAUGCGAAACUUUGGAAAAAUCGACCAUGAUCUGAAAAAAUAAAUGCCGCAAUAUUGCAGGACGGGAAAAUGUCGCCGAUGUGAACGCUUGUAUUGACAGGAUACGGGUUCGAAAAAAAAUAUUGACGUCUGAAAUAAUCGCACGAUAAAAAGGUUCCCGGUGUGUAAGGACCUUAAAAAUCAAGAAAAUUGACAAUAUCCUAGAAUUGCAAUUUAAAUCAAAUCAGUAUCUAAAAAAAUUGUAGAGGAAUCGAAUCGGUAGAAAAGCAUAUCAUCCCAGCCCUAUUGCAAACUUACUACUUUUGCAACAUAGACUAUUGAUUCGAGCCAUAUUAUCCUGUCAUGUCACAUUUAUACAGUGUGAUUGUCAAUUUUCACAAAUGUUUGGGGGUUUUACAGAAAAAAAAUGUGGAAAUUAUUGGCCUAUGAAUAGAAAAGGAAACGACAACUAGUUUCAGCCUCUAAAGUGAUGAAGUGAAAGAGUGUAGAGUUUACAGAAAGGGUCUUGGUAGUGUCACAUUCAAGCCGAUCUCAUCAGAAAAUUGUCAACGAGAUAAACUCCAUAUUUCAGAUUGCACUGAUAUGCUGUUGACUCUAGGGCCUAUCAGUGCACACAUAUAAGCACAUGCACACACACACACAACUCUGUACACAAUCACACUUUAAACUCAAAGUUAUGCUUUGCAGUUUCGUCCGGGUCGAGUGUAUCAGCUAACCUAUCAGCAAAACACUCCUCAGAUGUGUUAAAACAGGGUCACAGAGGUAAAGAUCGCUGUCAGACAGGCGGUUAUGGAAACAGACUGAAGGGUCCAUGUGGAAUGAUUGAGGCAACUGAGAGCAGGGGGCUCAGGCUCUUAUCGGGGUCAGCCACACCGCUCAGACUAGCAGCAUCUGACAUGAUAUUAUUAUAUGGUGCAAGUUAUCUCCGCUGAUGAAAUGGAGGAGGAAGAGAGGGUGCAAUCAUCAACUGACUCCAAAAAAAGAGGUAGACUCAGACACACGUCAAUGAGCUAGACAUACAGGACACAUGGGCACCUACACACACACAAACACACACAUAUACACACAAAAAGAAAAACCUUAAGGACCAAAACAACACAAUCAGGAAGGACAGCCCCAUACACAACCUGUCAGUUCAAGUGAAGCAUCCCAGCCACUCAAUCACAGCAUUGACAUCAUCCAAAAUCCACUUGAUUAAAAUUGGAUCUGUCCAAUUCGGCUCAAACCGCAUCAGUCACUGCUGGAGGGUGUAGUCUUGACUGACAGCACAGUGUGACACACUUGUGAUUGUUACGGCACUUUGACAGGUGUGUCUGCGCAUAACCACACGCUGCCUCACAAACACACACACACAGACAAACGUUUCAGAAAUAAGCAGUGAAUGUUAGCGCUGUCAUUAGCCUCAAAUUUAUCUUCUGAUACCUGAAACUUUCCUUUUGAUAAAACAGGCCUGUGAUAUACUAAGCUGCUAUACACACAUCAGGACUAUUGACAGACCAUAACGUGGGUGUGUGUGAAUCUACUUCUAUGUGUUUGUCUGAUGUGUUCACUAAAUCUGUCUGUCUGCCACUGUGGGGUUAAGUGUGUCUAUGUGUUUAUGUCUGAUGUGUGCAUAUGUGACAGUCAGUGUGUGUGUGUGUGUAUUCUGGAAACAACCCGUGGGAGUUUGUUUUCGAGGUCGUAGCAUGUGGUUGUCCAUGUCGACUUCUACACAAUGGGGCCUGAGCCUCAGCUGUGUUUCCUCCUGCUCAGUGGAGUGCAACACACUCAAAAGUUGAGUGCGCUUGCUUAACCACAGUUAACAUGAAAUCCCACUCUGCGUGCCGUUAAAAACGAGAAGUUGGUUUAGCUUUGGUUUAACUUUCAAAAAAACAACUGAGGCCAUACUUCAGAAAUUGGUUCAUCAGUUUGAACCUCGUGCGUCAUAAUCUUUGAGAAGGAAAACGAAUCUUAGAUCUUUUUAGAUGUUCAUCUCUAAAUGCAGGAAGCUGAGCAUGCACAUUUGGAAGUCACCUCUUUUUGCAUCGCAGGGCUUCACUAUCUGUUUGGCAGAGAUGUGUGAGACUGAAGUUGUUCUUUUGACGAUCAGGGUCACUGAGGUCUAGGUUGAUAUCAGGCAAGAGGGUUCCUCACAGAAGUAGACCAUUCUGAGAUUGUCUUGCUAUUUAUCAUUUAAACAAAAACUGUUGUAUUAGGGUAUUAUUUUUAGUAUGGCAAUUGGCAUGAAAAUCAGGGAGGUAUCAAUCCCAAUGUUUAAAAUACCAACAUUGUUUUCUUGUGUUUCUUCAAAUGAGUCAUAAGAUUGAAUUUAUUUAGCCGUUACUAGAAGUCCCUCCUCAUCUUGAAAUGUCACCGGAGGAAAUCUGACAAGCUGUCUGCUGCUGAUCUCUCUCAGACGGUGCAAUACUCCCACACUGUUGACAUUUUCUUUCACGUUUGACCAUGAUUACAAACCAGAGUACGUUCAGCAGGAAUGAUUUCUGCACAUUUAAAAAUCUCUUAUCUCUGAAUCAGAAAAUAGGUGUGUUAGCGUGCCAGCGUUAAAUUGAUGUAAAACAACAGAUGAACAUCAGCUACUGCAUUGCACAUUAUUUGCAGACGGGCUGAUGCCUGUCAACAGGGCAAAUGUUGGUCAAUACAGAUGCUCAACCAAGACAGAAGCACAUCUGCAGGUAUUGUCACUUCUGUUUUAUCAUGUCCUGAGUUACCCUGUGAUUUCACCCUCCUCAGGCUACUUUUGUCUGUGGGUUUAUUUUGCAGGUGGAGGAACACGUAUCUGUAACACCUGCAAUUUGGGCCAUAAUAAACAAACAGAUUUUCUGACAUAAAAAUUAAAGCACUGAAAUUUCCAGAAAGAGAACAUACGCCUUCUUAAAUAGAUCAGAGGUCGUUUAAAUGAUCUAAAUGUCAUGAUCUUGUCUUCAGCAGCUGACAGCUCACCUCUCAUACCAGUUUUUUAGGCUGGUCUCUUAAGAAAGGGGCAGAGCUGAUGGAGAUCCUUAUGGAUAAUACACAUAGAAUAGACAAGUGCUUCAUGAAACCUCAGUUAAAAUAAAACUUGACACCUAAUUUUAUCAUUGGAUGAGAAAAUAGUUUAAGUAAAGCUGGGCAGAUAAGAAUGCUAGUUGUUAAUGAAGCUUCUAGUUAAUCUUAAAUAAAGUCUUGCUGGCUGCAAGGUGUACAUUAAAAAACAAAACUACUCUAAUCUAAAUCUUUAUUUUGAUUUAAAUUUUAUUGUUUAUAAUGCGAACAAGACCACGUGUAGAAGUUUUGUAGUUAAGAAAUAAGCCUUAUGUUUUGAUAAUGUUCAUCUAAGCCUACAAAAGUAAGUUAGUUAAAUAGUUGAAAGUAAGAACUAAAAACAGCACAACAUCUCUUAAAAGAAACUGAUAGUUCAGACUCUUCAUUCUCUACAUACUCUGUGCUGUAUCUCAUUUUCAUCUUGUAAAACAUUUAUCGUAACUCCACGUCCUUUCUGCUCAGUAAGACAAACUGAAUAGCUUGAAAAAAAAAGAGAUUCAAUCUUGAAACCAGAGAAAAAAGUUGAAACAUGCCCAACAUUUGCAAAGUUAUUGCACAACUCUUCUGUUUUUUGACUCUUGAUGUGGAUACAUUUAGCUGUUGCUGAAAAAGCCUUAGUUUUUUUUGGGAACUGAAGUGGAGAAAUAAGACAGUCUAUUUGACACACUAACCGUUACACAGUGAGUGGGAAGUAGUGAGAGGAGUAAGGCAGCAGGAAGGGAAUGAUGGAAGGAGAUAGAGAUGUGGUUUGAGGGGGCGGUCGGCGGGGGGGGGGGUAGGCACAACCUAAAAUAGCCAUCUCACAUGUUUGCUGUGUGCGUGGGGAGCUAUGAAACCAGCAGAAAGGCCUCUCGUGAAUGCCUGCCUAAUCUAAUGUUCACUGCAGGCCCUAAUUUUUGGAAAUUUGAUUGUCGUUUCCCCAUCUAAAUAUACGUGUGUUUUUGCACGUCUCUUCCACUCAGAGCGGCUUCCCUCGGCGGUGGACGCCCCUUUUCCUUCUGCACUCAUCGUCUUCAUCAUCAUCUGUCUCAUCUUUGUAAUGUGAACUGAUGUUAGGCAGAGUCUGGCAGGAGUCCAGAGAGGGAAAGGUCAGCAACUAGGCUCAUUUACUCAUCUACAGUCAGAUUUUGGACCCAGUGUAUGCAAGGGGGUGAGUGAGACCAGCUAAAUCAGAUUAUACACACACAAACACACAUAUAUGCAAAGACAAACACAAAGACCACAGUACAGAGUAGACAGAUCAGGCAUGGACAUACAGCAGCAGAUCUAGGACUCUGUCUUAUCCCUGUGUCUAACGGUUUUGUAUAAUAAAUAGUGAUAAGCUGCAGCUCCUACACUUCAUGCAUAGAAACAACACACACUGGCUGCUACACACUCAUUCGGGCAAGCUGAGACACAAACAUCCUACACAUGCAGUCCUUUUAGUUAAUUCCUUUCAUACCACAGAGUGUGUGUUUGAACAUGCACGCCGGAUUAUCAUCCUCCUUCUAUCACUCUUCCUCACUUUCUCCCUCUCCUUCUGGCCCAAUCCCCGCCACAUUUCGCUGUGUUGUCUCUGUGCGCUUAAUCAACUGGCUUCUUUUAUAUCAAGGAGGUCUCAUGACCCACUCCACAGCUGAUCCAGGGAGCGAAGCAUGCUGGGAGUCAAGUAGCUGCGAGGGCCGCAGUGGAGCACGUUAUGAUUGGCUUUUGAGUUCGCAUGUUUGUGUGUGUUUGUGUGUGCGUACAGCCUGCUGAUGUGCACUCUGGUGUUUUUAGGGCUACAGACUCACAGGCAGCUUGUGUUGGCCCAUGGAAUAUAUGGUAAGACUUUCGAACAAUACAAGCAGCUGAUCAAAAACACACUCCGACACAGUGGCGAGGGGGAGGCUGUUUCUCAACACAUUUCAGUACCAAAUAGAUCAAAUUUCAAAUGUUAGAUAUUAAAGACACUGCUUUGACAGUAUUCGGGGUUUAAAAUGAGAGAUUUAAGCAAGUUCAACCUCUUUGUCACACAUAGUAGUUCUUGGCUGCACAAUUAUCAUAAUAGUGCUCGAAAAAAUACUAUUUUAUUAAGAUCAUGUUUGUUUUUUUUUGAAAAGGCAGCAGUAAAAUUCGGAUGAUUCAACAAUUUUUUAAAUAGAACAAAGUCUGAUAAGAUACAGUCUUGCAUGAUGUUCCAUAGUUCCAUUGAUUUCAUAGAUAUUACGCAUCCAUCCCUUACAUUUUUGUGAACUAAGCAGGAUACUGCCAUAUUAGGCAUUGACAGAUCCUCUGAUGAUGCAUUUUGGAGUCAUGCAGAGGAGCAAUCUGGCUAGACGUCAUGAUCAUACUGCUGACCAAAAUACACAUUUGACCUACCACUAAAGCAUCAAAGAUAUCUCUGAUUAGCUUAGCUCAAAGCUGUAAAAAGUUCAAUGACUCUUGCGUCAGUGUUCGUUCCUUCUCUGCUACCUUGGUUAUAAAAUAAUCACUGAUAGUCCACAUUAGUCAACAGGGAACUAAAUCACUAUAAGGGAUGGAGAAUGAUGAGAUUUCAUUGACACCAAUUCCAUGAAUGAGUUUACUUAUCAAUCCAAUUUAAUUAAUGAAGAACUUGAUUUCCUGUGAAUUUUCUGUGUGGAAACAAAAAUAGGCUGUUUUUUAUUCUGUCAACGACACAAAUUUAAUAGGAAGUUCUAAAACUUUAACUACCCUGCUCAGACAGAGAAGUCUAGCUUCUGACUGCAGAUACAGCUUCCUGUUGGUUGACAGAUGGCUGCCUCUAUCAAGCAUGGUGAGCUAAUGACAGAAAAAACUUUAAUCUCUAAAAUUAAUACAUAAAUCAACACAGAUUACCUUUAACUGAAAAGCUGGAAGUCUCACAAAGUGAGUGGAUUUCAUCAUAAGACACUUCGUCAUACUAAAGGUCCUUACACACCAGGGCCGACACAAAUAUAGAACGCGAAAUCACGAAAUAUUCUGAGGCGAAUUUUGACACGCCUGACGAUACACAUUAAGCCUGAUGCAUUUUUAAGAUUUUCCGGGGAUAUGAUUUUGACAGGAUAUGAGUUCAAAAAAAUAUAUUGAUGUCCCAAAUAAUCGCACGACAAAAACGGUCCCGGUGUGAAAGGACCUUAAAGCUGAUAUUGUAAAUACAUCGGUAAGAGAAUUGUUAAGCAUAAAGGCAAAUGGGGUUGAUAGUUCAAACCAUUUCUUUAUUCAGAUCCCGAAUCAUGACAUCACAUCCAUUUUUGAACACCAAAUCACUACUUUAAACUGAACUGUUAAGUAGUUUGGCUUCACUACCAGGGAUCAGUCAUGUCGUCCACCAACGUAGUCUUACAGAGUCUUACAGAGUCCUUUUGUUAGUAUGUAGCAUACCACUACCAUGUGAAACCAGGCACCAAGGUCAUGGACAGUAAUUAUGUAUGAAUAAUUGUGCAGCCCUGUGUAUAUUUAUAAUGAUUUGACUGAUUUACUGUUAACUGCAGUGUGAUGUAAGUUUAUUGGGUACACUGAGCUAUGAAUUGUCAAACAGUUCUCCAGUAAAACACUCUAUUGUUCCCUUUUUGCUCUCUGUCUGUAUACAAGAUUGCAGAAAUAGUGAAAGGUCUAAAAGAAAACAGGUUUUAUGUUUCUGCCAACCCUGAGCCACUUUGUUUGAUGUGUUUGACUAGUUUAGCAUGGUGCAGACUUCUGGUGGAGGGGGCUUUUCUAUAUCAAUCCCUAUAAAACCAAUCACAGCUAUUCACACCAUAAAUGUGAUGUACGGUGGUGGAUUUCACCUGGAGUGACCGUCUCGUUCUCUGCAGUUGUCUGAUUUGGCUCCCUCUUGUCCCUAAAUGCACUACUACCUUGAAUGAACACAAAAUAGUGGUCAGACGCAGUACUGCAGGGACUUUGUAUAUGUUGGGGUGUCAUCUGAGGACUCUUGGUCUUCCAACUUUUAGUGUCACUUUCUGGGUGAUUUUGUCUGCUUUCUACAACACUGCCUAUCUCAUCAGAUAUGCUCUCGUAUUUGGCUCCAUCUGUGUCUCUGCUUAUUGCUUGCUUCUAUGGAUUCACUUUGUUGUUGCUGUUUUUUUGCCUUGUGAUAACCUCUCCUUUCCCCUAGAGAGCUCCGGUUUUUAGAAAUAGAGGGGAUUUAUUCCACCGCUGCCUUUCUGUGAAUGUGUUUUUGAUGUGUCCACUUUCAUCAAGGUUACGCCGAGUGACCUCAUGUCACACACUCUGUGCAGCACUCUUCCUCUGUCUGUCUGUCUCCAUCCUCUCUCUCUGUCCCUUUCACCCUGUUUCUCAGGUUACCAAACAUGAAGAAAGGAGGAGCAUUGACUUGUCAACAUACACAACCCCCCAGCCGACACAUGUACACACAAAAACAUAUUCCUCUCCCCUUUCUAUCCCUCACUUUCUCUCCCAUUUUUCACAUCUCCAUCUCCCCUUGGCGUGUAUGCGUUAUUGUGCAGGAGCGCAGCAUCUCUCUGUGCAUGCACAUGCACGCUGCUAAAUGACUGAGGCUGCAGAGAGGAGGUAGGGGGAAGGGGAGGAAACAGGAAGGAGGUAGAAUGGGAGGAUAAGAGGUGGAGGGAGGGGAGGCAGCCGCCACGAGUGUGUGUGUGUGUGCGUGUAAGAGUGAAAGAGGGAGAGAGGGAGACGGUAAGAGAGAAAUGGGAGGCAGCAUCACCCACCCAGACUGGGAGGAGGUGGGGGAGGACAGACAGCGUGAUCGUCCCUCCAACAGACAGAGGUGGAAGGAAAGUGGGAAUAAGAGACAGACGUGAGGGGGGAGAAAAGGAGCACAAUGAAGGAGUGCCAUUGUGGACACUGGCAGCACUGCCAUUUCACCAUCUGCUGAAGAGAGAGAGAGAGAGAGAGAGAGAGGCAGAGGAGGGAAGAGAAGAGGAGGCAGCCGAACUGAGGACAGCAUAGAUGGAGAGGAGCUGCCGGCAGUGACUUUGUGAAUUAAUCGAGCGGAAGAGCGGAUCAGAGGGGAAGCACGUUUUUCAGGGAGUGGACGGACGAAGGGCCAGAAAGAGGAAGGAAAGGACGGAUGACCCGACAGUCUUUGGCUGUUCAAAAAUUAAUGUGCUGCUCAUGUGAAUUUGGAGCCCAGCUUUAGCUAAAUCACCAUGGAUCAACUGUAUGCUUUUUAAACCAAAAAAAGGAGCUAUUAAUGAUUUAUCAUUCAUGUACAAAAAAACAAAGACAGAACUCUUCAGGAAAUUGAUUAGACUCACUUUCUACAGGAGAAUUUGACAAACUUUUGUGUGUUUUUGUAAAUACAGACUGCUUCUUACUUUUGAUUUUCUAUUCUUAAAGAGAAAAGAUCUACUCAGCAGGAUGUUAUACAAUCAUUAUUAUCUUUGUUAGCUGCUGCACAGAAAAUUCAGGUUGUUUUUAUGCAAGUUUUCUAAACAUCAGUGUUGUGUUUUAGGAGUCAAUUUUCAGUGUGGUUGUUGUUUACUUAAAAAGUAAUUUGUUCUUUUAAAAAAAAGAAGAAUUAAACCUUUACAUGCCGUAGUCGGAGUCAGUGCAUGCAGCCUACAUGGGAUGUCAACAUUGAUUGGGUUUUUAUGGCUGGCGCGACGCCGGUCAAACUUUGAUCAUUUCCUGAAACCUAUUGAUCGAAGUCUGUUGUUUUUCUUCCUGUUAGUUCAAAAGGAGCUCCGACGUUGAGCCUCUGAUGCAGCGGCUAAUUGCUGCCGUGUUGUUUGACAGAGCAGUUAUCUCUUUGUCUAAAGAUUUCUGCUGUUGUCGGGACUUCUCCGUGUAUGUCCUCCACAGGCAUCUCUUUUAAUGUCUGUUGCCAUAGCAACGGGCGGCAGCUGCAGACGAAGCGAGAUGUAAAGUUCUUUUCUUUUGUCUUAUCUAUUAAACUGGUGCUGUUUCAUUAGGUAAGUGUGUGAUUUCGGCUGAUUAGAAGCAGCGGUCGUGAGUAGUUCUUGUUUGUGUGCAGUUUUUUGGGACUUUCUUUGUCAGACAGGGUGUUUUCUAGUCUUUCACCAGACAGUCUUUGUCUAAGCGCAGCUCAGCAGUCACAGCGAAUCAGGGUUGUUUCAGGUCACCUGUCCCCCCCACCCCCCUUCCUCAUCCUGCGUGUUGGUCUGUAGCAUUGGCUCAGCCUGGUUUGUCCUGAACUCACCUUUUAUCAACAACCAUCUUCAUCAGUCAGGCUGAUGUGCUAUUACCAGGACUGACUGGAGAAAUGAGAUUAACGUCCUAAUUUCACUUGUACAUAUCACUCUGUGCAGCUGCUUGGCCUCCAGGCCCCCUAAUUACUGAUCAUUAAGUGUGCUUUGUUUGAGACAGUCUCCUCCGUUUGCUGUCUCUGUGUGGGUGACUCAGGAUCUCUUCUCAUGUAGGGGGUCAUUUCCCCUGCUGUCACCUGACCUACACUGUGUUCUGUGCACUUAAACACCCUAGGGCAGCAUUAGGGUUCACUCUGCUGACAGAGCAUUUCAGCACCCCUGUGUAUGAGAACACACCUUGAUAUUCUCCCUGGUGUUAACAAGUCCAUUGUUGUUGAAUUUCUUGCCUUUUCAAGAGGUGAUUUCCUCUGAAGACUUUGUUGUUUGAUUGAUAGAGUGACAGCCAGUCUGUUUGGUUUUAUCUGCAUGCUCUUUGAUUGUUCAAAUGCUUGGUGUCUUUUGUGACUUUUCCGGCCAUACUUUUCGGCUUUCUGGAGAUCAGCCCAGCCUGUCUGGCCGUACAUGAGUCUGACUGGAUCCUCAAUGGUGCUUCUUGGCCAAGACCAGAUGGAUGACUAGCUAGAAUUGCUAGACAAUCCCUCUGUGGUGCUAGACUGGUGUAGGCGACUGUUCCUUUGCCAUGCAUGCAGCGCCCACUACAAGCUGGCCCUGCUGUGCUUCAGACCCAGUGAAGUUCUGAAUGUUAGCACGUGGAGAAAAAUCAACCCUUUCACUUGGCAUCACUGAUACUUUGGUGCCAAAUUUACAGCCUUGUGUAAGUGUCUCGGCCAGGUGUGUGCAAACUAUGCUCUCCCUUGAGUGGGUAAAGGUCAGCAGGUUGUAAAUAUGACGACUGCCUCAACAGCACUGAGUUUCAGGCAGGCGAGUUUAGAUCAGUGCUGCAGGUGUAGCUUUGCCUCUAGUUGAGGUCAAACCGCUGCAGACCGUUUUGUUUUUGGGACUCUGCGAGAGACUGUUAAUGUCAACAGACUGUUGUUUGCCUUCUAGGUUGGUCUAUGCAGAAAAUGAGAUGUGACUGUGUGGUAGCUUGUUGUAAUACUGAGAUUGAACCUGCUGCUUGAUAAGCCCUGCCUUAGAUAAGAAAGGAAACAGUUCCAACACUUGGCUUGUUCAUAUCACAUGGGACUGUGUCAACACUGUACUCUCAGGUAACUGACUACAAUCUGGGCUUGUUAUUUAAACCAGGCAGUAAUAGAGUAACAGGGUGAGAGGAAGAGGCACAGAGAGACCAGCAUAACAACCAAGUGCGGUUUCAAUUCAAGCAUUUCCAGCUGGGUGAGCGGGUUCAUGUUCAACUCUGAUGAGCCUCCAGCACCAUUCAGGGAACCCUGGGUAGGGAGUUCAAACUGGACCAAUCAGGUCUCAUUACCAUCACAACAACCCCACCGAUAGUCGUCAUCAGCCAAUGACCUACAUUCUCCAGAGUUACAUCACCACCGUGCUACUGCAGUGUACAUUACUGUAUCAGACACAGACAACAUCUCAGAAUCAAACUACUACUUUCUAAUGGUGCUCCAGUAAAAUAUAGUAUCUGUCUAUAUAUCCACGGCGGUUUCGGUUUAGGGGACACACUUGAACCAGAGCCGCCUCACUUGUUUUAGCCAUAUCAGGAACUUCAUCAGGAACUGGCCCAACUGUGCUGGCCCCAGUCUUAAGUACUCACUUUUUUUCUGAUUUCUACUGGUGUCUAAAUAGGUGACCAUGCCUAGCCUCUAGCCAUCCCUUAUCUUUGAAGUCAGAAGGGCAGUCCGACAGGGCUCACAUUUUUAUAUAUUAGGGACUGUUAAACAGGACAGCCUGGAGAACGGGCGAGCACUCGAGGGUGGGGGUGAGGGGGAGCGAGAGAUCAUCUGGAAGAGGAGAGAGGAAGUGGUGGCGCGGGAGAGGGCGGAGGCGUUGGAGAGACAGAGGUUGGCCGAGUACAUUGUGUGGAGGAAGAGAGAGGACUUCCAGGAGAAGCGAGGAGACAGAGAGAAGGGAGUCAAGAGUGCAGAGAAAGGGAACCAGCCUGUGCCAGAGGUAAUCUGGAAGAGAAGAGAAGAAGAAGAAGGUGGGGACGCAGGAAGGGAGAGAGCAAGGGCCAUUCAGAAAGGACAUGAAACCAUUUGGAGGAAGAGGGAGAGGGAGUAAGAGGGGAAUCCGGUGAGAGAUUUCGAGAACGCUGAAAAGUUGUGUUCAAGAAAGCGUGCGGUGUUGGAUUCUAGCCAUCCAUCAGUAAGCUUCCUCUCUCUUCUUUAGCGGUCGUGGGCUCCACUGAGCUCUGCAGGUGUUUGUUGUGGUAUCGACCAAUCGGAACUGUGUAUUGUGUGUGUGUUGCUGCCGUGUUGGUGUGUGCAAUCCCCUCGUUGGCUGCUAAUAGGAUUUUUAUGGGCCCAUGUCAAGAAGGAUAGAGCUGCCAAAGGGGAGCUGCUUCUCACAUGCAUGUAUGUGAACACGCCAACACACACACUAAGAGAUAAUCUAAGAAGCAUUGUGGGAAGUGAAGGUUUUAUACUGCCUCACAUGCAUUUAAACACGUCACAUAUAAGUGCAGUAAGACGUACAUGCAAGGGGGCGUUGAGAGACAAUCACUUGUGUUGAUUUUCCAUGGUGCUGGCGACAGCUGGAUAACUGGCCCUGGCUGAAAAGCUGUUAAACUGGGUCAAGAUACUCACAGAUAUUGUCUUACAUUAUGGCAAAAUGACCAAGAUGAACCUUCUUUGGAGAGCUAAAACCAUCAUCAGUCCUUGGAACACAAUGAACAUUAAAGCAGAUUUAAAAAAAGAACUGAUUACAACAUGAUCUGCACUGGUGCACUAAAAACAAACUUUUUUCAUCUGCAUCCAACCACUAACUGGGACACCCCACUUCUCCCUUGCGCCUUCUCUCAUCCUGAAAUCAUCGUGGGGAAAGCAGUUUGGGUUUGGUAUGAGCUGAGGACAGAAGACCCGGUACAUGGAUGCCGCUCUUCCGCUGAGAGAGACAGACAGAUGGCUGUGUGUCCUUUUAGAGAAAAACUUUGAUUACUAAGACAAAGACACUUUGAUUGAAUCACCAGAGCCUGCGAGGACUUGUGUGGAUAAAAAAAAAAACUGACGCUGCAGUUCAUUAUGGAGCUUGUCCCAAAAACCAAGUACACCCACUUUCGGAGUGAAUCGCUGAGCUCAACUGAUGAAACAAACUCCAAUCCAUCAUCAUUCCCUCCUUCCAGUCCUGCCACCCCCCUCACUCCCUCCCCUGGUCUACCUUCCUCUCUCUCCUCCUCGUCUCUCACUCCCAUCUUGCCCCCCUCUUCUCCACGCCCUGCCGAAAACAGCCCCACCACCCUUUGCUCCUUCUUCCCCAGGAUGGGAUCCCUUCGCCUGGGUGUCUCUGCCACUCUCCUACCAGGACUCAAGGCCUCGAGCAGACCGCUACAGCCUCAGGCACCCAUUGAGUCAUCAGGGGAUGACAGGAGCAGCUCGAGCUCCUCCCCUCCGCUCCAUAACCAGGUUUCCAAUCUAACUGCUCCUUCUCCUCCUCCUCGACCUCCCCUGCAGGACAUGAACCGGCUGGGAGGGGCGUCCAGGAGGGCACGAGUGGAAGGAGGGCAGCUGGGAGGAGAUGAGUGGACACGCCAUGGCUCCUUCGUCAACAAACCCACCCGCGGCUGGUUGCACUCGGACAGCGUGGUCAGCACCUCCGGUGUUUCCUACACUGUGCGGGUAAGUGAAUGUCACACUAUCUCUAAUCCCUGACCAAAAUAUACGAUCAGAUUUUCCUUUCCACUGCUGAAACACACUUUUUAGAAACUGACAGAAAUUAGGAAGUGGCAGCGCCGCUCUUUCCCCUGUUUAGUCGACUCGGUCCAACGGGGCUGUCAUGUAGGAAAUGUUUGAUGUUAAUGUGUCGACUUCCUGUUUCCUGGGCAGUACAUGGGUUGCGUGGAGGUGCUACAGUCAAUGCGAGCACUGGACUUCAACACCAGAACUCAGGUCACCAGGUGAGACCGCAUGCUAACUGUUUGUUGCUAGCUUGCCCUGAGUUUCAUGUCAUGUCUGGUUUGUGCCAGGACUGCUUCCGCUCUGCUUUGUUUGCAUAUAUAUCGUAAAUAUAAAAUGUGUGUUUGUGUGUGUGUGUGUGUGAGAAAUUAUGGGUGUGUGUGUGCAUGCCUUCAGCUCUCCCAGACCCUAAAUUAGAAUGUUCUGGAAUCCUGGUGGUUUCCUCCUGGUUUCCGUAGUGAUGUUUGUCUCCUUGGCAAAGACAAGUACAGUUGCCAAGGGGACUUAAACUCACCCCCACUCACCCACCCACCCACUCACCCACUUUUUCCGCCAGAUCUCAUUUAAUCCCCAUAAUUGUGAGUCCGGGAAGGUGUCGAGGGUUAAUGAUAUGCUAUUGCGACUCAUGUGUGUGGUUAUUGUUUCAGGGAGGCCAUCUCUGUGGUGUGUGAGGCAGUGCCCGGAGCCAAAGGAGCCCAGCGCCGGAGAAAAGUACAAACUACACACACUAUACACACACACAUACACCCUCACAGGACAUUAUUUAUUUAUACAGCUUAAGUGGGCGGCACUGGGAAGGGUUUUCUGUAAAGAGCUAGAUUUAGUCUGAUUGUCCACUCUGUGGUCAGUGGGCUAUUCUGUCACACACUCUCCCUCACACAUACACACACACACACACAUUUACAAGACUUUGAUUUAGGUUAAAUGUACCCGUUUGAAGUCAGCAGACGACAUGCACAUAAUUACCAAUCACUCUGUGGUCUCUGUGCGCCCCCCCCCUCCUUCCUGUCACAAGGGAGGCUGGAGAGGUAGGGUAGUAGCUUGUGUGGAGCCAGUGUCAAGCCAAGGAAGCACUCUGGAUUAGCAGACACAGCAGACAGUCUGCUGUUUAAAGACUGUGUGUGUCUGAGCACAGGCCUGCUGUACAACUAAAAACAUCCACCCAAACAGUCCAUAAAACAGGUGGCUAAAUCCAGCAGCCUGUUGCUAUAGAAGGUCUUUUUGACCAAGGAAUGUCUGGCAUUGCAGCACAGCAGACAAAACACAGUUAUAAGUUAUUAUGCAGUUAAACCAGAAUAGAUCCAACUAGUCUAGUCCCUUUGAUUUGGCUGGACUGAGGUUAAUGUGGCUGAGCACACGCAUCCCAUCCUGAUGCUGUGUCUCUCACAGCAUGGGCCAAAUAUUCUUAAGCAGAUAUGGAUGAAAGCCAUGAGGGCAGCAGCAGGAGGAUUGGGAUAAACAGUGCUGGCGCAGUCUGCGUGAUGCUCUUGGCCCAGCCUACAGUAUGCACACUGUCCUGUCUACUCCCCAUUGGUCACAGUUGGCCUUGGAGACAGGAUCACUUUCACAAUUGCAGCUGUUCUUCCACUCCCACACACACAGGCAUUUCCACACACACGCCCACUGGCUCAUGCACAGCCAGCGAGGACUCAAAGGACCACUAGGCCUUGUUAAAGAAAAAAAAAAAAACAUUACAUUGUUUUCUGUUUGUGCUCAUUGAUUGUUUGUUACUAACAGAGAGCAUCCUCCUCCUCCUCUGCAGCCUUCCUCUCGCUGUCUGACGUCUAUCCUGGGGAAAAGUAACCUGCAGUUUGCUGGCAUGACAAUCAGCCUGACCAUCUCUACCAGCAGCCUCAACCUGCUGGCCUCAGACUGCAAACAGGUUAGACCAAAACCAGCUGACCCAGGCUGCUGACGUGUGUGUGUUUUUAUUUUUUUCAAAACUUUACUUUUUUGUCAGCUUUGUCCCCAAAAAACAAGAGAUUUGAUUUUGAGUCAGAGAUCCAUCCAAGCAUUAAAGCUCAAUUUUAGCUAAGGGUGAGUUUUAUUUACACUGUUUAAGUCAGAGUUAAUCUUAACUUUUGGUUUGAAAUUAUAUGUCUGAGAUUUUUUUUUCUAUUCACAUCUUUCAAAAUUUGUUUCUUUUUUUAUUUAUUACUAUUUUUCACUAUUUCAUGUGUAUUAACCAGAAUUUUCUCCCCAAAUUUGUUUAAUUAGUUUAAUUGUACUUCCUACUGCUUUUACUGACCAAACAGUAAUGAAAACAGACUUUGUUUCUGUAAUGCUUUCAUUUGAACAACAUACAACUACUUAUCUUUACAACCUCAAAUCUAAAAAUAAAGUUAGGGAACUGCGUAAAAUGUUGAUAAGAACAAGAUUGAAGGUUUGUAAAUCGUUUGAAGGUAAUCAUUUGUGGGCAAAAACAACAUCUGAAAUGUUGAAACUGAAAAAUUGAAGAAGAAAAAAAGUGCCAUUUUGAAUUUGAUGUCAGCAGCAUGUUUCAAAAAAUCUGAGAGAGUAUGAUUACCUAUGUGUCACAUCACAGUGUUAUAGUUUUAUUGAGCACACUUUGCUGCCUAAAGUGACUUACAUCUGAGAGUAAGUACAACAUCAGCAAAUAUUUAGACAGCAGGAAACAGCAGGAGUAAGUGCCACAAACUCCCUCAACUGCUAUCAGACAACAGAUGUAUGGGAACCAUGGCAACAUCUUCUGGAGCUUUGAAAGGAAAGUUUUGUCUCUUUCUUGCCUGAUCUUGCUUAAAAGUUCAGGGUCUACUUUGUUAUAUUCUCCGUCUGAUGCCCUUAAUGUUUUCAGUGGGUGAAAACUCAGAACUGUAGACAGGCCAGUUUAGCACCCUGACUCAUCUACUUCCUCUAUACAUGAAGAAAGUGGUUUGACAUUGUCUGGUGGUAGCGCAUAGAGCUGUAAACUCAGAGAUUCCAGCCAUCCAGUCUAGGUUUUUUGCUGAAAUUGUUGAUUUAUUUGCUCACAUUUUUACAGAGUGGUCAACCUAUCCCUGUCUUGACUUUUAAGAGCCUGGGCUUCUCUUGAAUGUCCUUUUAAUGCCCCGCCUUGUUACUCACCUGGUGCAAAUGAACCCAAAUACCUGGUUAAUAUUCCUUCAGGUGUUUUCGUUGGCAUUGCUCAUCCUUAACGUCCGACGUGAAGCACUUUUUAAGCUUUUUAAAAGGUGCAAUACAGCCAAAUAAGGUGUCAUUCUUAAAGUUUAACCUUUUCAAUGUUUUGCUGUCCCAACCUUUUUGAAACACGUCGCUGGCAUCAGCAACAAAACUGUGCAGCUCCAACAUUUCAUAUGUUUUCUUUGCACUACUUUCAGUUUAAUAUAGAGUUUAAAAUAUUUGUGAACCAUCAAAUCAUUAAAUUCUGUUUUGUUUUUUUGGAGGUAAAGGUAUAUCUGUGUGUUAUGCCCUUUUGGGAUGUCCAGGGGAUUCCCAGAUAUAAUUAGAGCCGCUCCACUCUGUUUGCCUCACAUUUCCUGAGUGCUGCACAAAUGCACCCUCUUACCAUCGUCUUCAUUUCUGCAUUGCGUGAGGAUAGGAAGUGAUCCUCCUCCAAGACCUCUAAUUAGUUAAUAGCUGCUGAACAAUGUUUGUUUCUCUGGUGAGAUGGUACACACAAAGAGCCAAAAAGAAAAAAUACCAGGCUCGCACUAUAUCAAUUCACAAAUUAAGCCACAGAUAUAGACCACACAUUUUGCAUGGAGCAUUAGCUGAAGUGUUAAAGUUAUUGAUUUGACAUGGGCGGGUUUUGCAGACUGUUCAAAUGGAGUUCCAGACGUGCGUUGUCCCUACUUAGUUUGUAUCUCUGCUGCAGCUCGUGUCGCUCGAUGGAGGAAAAAGCACUUUUCUCAGUAAUGAUUCUACAUUUGUCUCUCCAUCCACAUGCUUUCAUCUCACUUCCCACAUACUUCAUGUCACCCACGUGCUCUCCUUCUGUCUCUCCCUCUCUCUUUCUUUUCUCUCUUUUCUCCACAGAUAAUCGCCAACCAUCACAUGCAGUCUAUCUCCUUCGCUUCUGGAGGAGACCCAGUGAGUCACCCAACACUCUCUCUCUCUCCCUCUCUCUCUCUCUUUCAGCUCAAAUCUCACUCUGGCUUUUUUCCAUCUUUUCUUCAGCCUGCAUAUCCUUCCUUCCUGUCUUCUGUCAUCGUGUAUUCCUAUCAAUACCACUCACUCCAUAGCUGCCUCGCUGAUUUGCAGUCCUACUCAACCAGGCUUGAGCUCAUCACUUCCUGUCGUUUCUCUUUCAGCUGAAUGUAUGUUUCUAACUCCUGUCACGAGUGCAGCUUCUGCCUUAUCUCUUUUCUUCUUUUUCUUCUUUCAAACCUCUCUUGUCUUUAACCUGCCCCUCACUUUUUCUCUUCCAAUCAUAUUUUCUCCCCCCAUCUUCCCUGACUGUCUUCGCCUGUCUCCCUCAGGAUACUGCCGAGUAUGUAGCAUAUGUGGCCAAAGAUCCAGUCAACCAGAGAGGUGAGCAGAGACAGCUGCAUGACAUCUUUUUCCAGGCAGCUGUCACCUGUAUGAACUCUGACAGACAGCCUUCACUGUCCUCUAAUCCCAUCAGAUGAUUGAACAGGUUUUCAGAUUGGGCUUGAAGCAGAUUCUGUAAAUGUAGACUUCUAGGCCAUUUUACUGAAAUACAAACAAAUCCCAUUGAACCAGUGCCGUGUCUUUCCAAUCCUUACUCCCUUUUGAAUUUGAUGCACCGCCCACUGGAGCUGCAGUGUGCAGACAGAAGGAAGGAACAGUAUAUUAGCAUUAAAUUGGCUUAGCAAGAAACAGGACUGUUUUUAAAUUUAGAACAGAGUCUGCUUCAUUCAUUUCUAGGUUGUCAGUGUAACAUUUCCACUUUUAAAGUCAAAGAAAAUUAUAUUUUUUCAGCUGGUUUUUGCUCUAAAAUGAUUCUAGGAUGACAAUAAAUAUAUUUGCUGGGAAUGUUGGACAUUUCAUUUAGUAAAAUUAAGAUCCAGCAACACCUACUCUUAAUGUUAUUCAUGUUGUUUUCGCUAUUUUCCAAAUUGAUUUAAAACAAGAAUACUGUCUGUAAAAGACACACGCUGUCCUUGUCUGUGUUCCCGGUCUUUGCAUCCAUGGAAACGAUUGAGGUGUUCCUGAAAUAUAAAACUCAGCCUGCAGCCGUAUUUCAUUGAAGUACAUGUUGCUGUAGCUACCUCCUAAGACAUCUAAGCCUCCUUUCCUACAGCAUGUCAUAUCCUGGAGUGUUCAGAGGGUCUUGCCCAAGAAGUCAUCAGCACCAUCGGUCAGGCUUUUGAACUCCGUUUCAAGCAGUACCUAAAGAACCCUCCAAAACUGGUCACACCACAUGACAGGUGAAUAUUAAAAAUGUUCCCCACAUGAGGCUCGAAAACACGAGCGUCUGUUUGAUGUCUUUCAACUUAAACGCAUGUUUUUCUUGGCUUCCACCCUUGUCUCCCAGAAUGGCUCCGUUUGACGGCUCUGCAUGGGAAGAAGAAGAUGAUGAGGCUGCUCCACCCCCUGACGUCCCUUACUAUAAUCAUUUCCCUGGAAAACAGCCUCCCCCUGGUGGCCUGAUCGACAUGAGGACCCGCCCAGGGGCCACGCUGGUGAGAGGCAUGCACACAAACACAAGGACGAGGAUGAGACACUCAUGCCCGUUUCAACACAUCUCAACGCUGUUUUUACACAGCAAUUCAAGGAAGGAUAUUUUUAUUUCUUCCAAGUCUUGAAUCAGAGUUGCCUUAUUCAUAGACCAGAGAAUUAAAAUGUAAGAGUCAAAAGAAAUAAUAGCUCCUCUUUGCUUCCUCUUUCAAUGGGAUUCAUUUCUGCAUGUACACACGACUGUGCCUUCCUGUGGCUCAUCAUUUACAUGACAUGCCUCUUUGUUUGCAGCCUUAUGGACAGCCCGGUCAGAAUGACAUUCACAAGCAGCCUCUGCCUCCCCUACCAGGUUAGCCCUGCCUCCACUCGUCUGUUUUCAUCUCCUUCUAUCAGUCUUUAUAAGCCACAGUUUUCCUUUUCUUUCCCGCCUUUGAUGUGCUUUAUCUCGCUUUUACUUAAAUCGCUAUUUAAUAUGCAUGGCUGAUUGGGAAAUAGGAAUGUGUGCCAAGGUCAUUGAUGUCUUCUCUUUCCUCUUUCCUAGUGGGUGCCAAAGAAGGAGGACGGGAACUCUUUGAUGACCCUUCAUACGUCAAUGUGGAUAAACCCCGCCCCCCAGUUGCAGCUAAUGGAAAUGCUCACAGAGAUGCUUUUGACAUGAGUAAGAGCCUGUUGGAUAUUUCACACCAGUGCUUGCUAAAAAAAAAAUGAAGCAAGCUGAUUUUUUUUAAAGCAGUGGAAAAGAGUGGCAACAUGCCUCCUUGUAAAAAUUCUGCGUGGGGUUAAAUCAAAAUGACCAAAAUAACUUGUAGCUCCAAUGUGCAUUUCAGCAUGUAAAGAGAGUGGGGGUUAAUUAGUAACGAAGAAGACAAGCAGAGCGUUGUGAACUGUACGUUCCAUAUGACAGGCUAAUUGAAGAGUGGAGCUGCUUACAGAAGGCAGCCUUGGAGGAAGAUAAGGGAAUUAGAGUGCUUUUGUCCAUUACAGGGGCAUUUAUGGAACAUGAUUGGUUGACUGAGUAAAGCUUUUCACAUUAAAGACACAGUCCACUGUCAGUGCACAACACACAGCUGCUAGAGCACUUCUUUCAACUCCAGUCAGUUUGGUUCAACAUAACGAUUCAAACCUGGUGUUUAAAUUCCUCAGUUUAAUUCAAAUGGAUGUUUUUAUUUCUCCAGAGCCAUUUGAUGAUGCCCUUGGGGUCUCAGGCCAAAGUGGUCCUAGCUCAGCGGCAGCAGUGCCCCCUCUAGUGCAGCAGCUUCAGUGUGAGACCUGGUUCCACGGUAGCUUAAGUCGCAGGGAGGCAGAGAGGCUGCUGACCCGAGAUGGAGACUUCCUGGUGAGGGAGUCUGGGACCACGCCAGGGCAGUAUGUCCUCACUGGACAGCAGGGGGGUCAGGCCAAACACCUGCUGCUAGUGGACCCAGAAGGAGUGGUAAGUCAGGGAGCGGGAAGGGAGGAAGAAACAUGAUGGGGUAACACUUUACAAUGAUCAUGACUUAUUAAUGGUAAAUAGACCAUGUAUAAACGGUAAGCAGAUAGUUUAUUUAUGUUUGAUCAUCAUUUAUAAAUAGCAUGUAGACCAAUAAUUAAUUGUAAAUUUUAAAAAUUUAAAAAACCUAAUCCUUACAAUAACCAUCUAAGUAUGUUUAUAGGUGAUUUAUAGACUAAUUAUUAAUCAUUUACAAAGUAUUACAAACAUCAGUUGCAACUUUAUAAUAACCAUCUAAGUAAUUUUUAUAGAUGGUUUAAAAAACAAAUAAUCACCAUCUACAAAGUGCUACUGACACACAUUUUAAUCUGGAUGUUUUAAAACUAAUAUUUAAACGCUAUAUAAACCUUUAAUAAAUAGUCCAUUAAAAACUAAUGAAAAUUAUUAAUCAUAAUUCCACUGCUUUUUAAUGGUAAAGUAACUAUUAAUAACUAUUAAUUUUAACAUUAAUAAACUAUCUAUUGGCCAUUUAUAAUUGGUCUGUAUGCUGUUUUUAAACAAUAAUUAAACAUUAAUAAACUAUCUAUUUACCAUCUAUAAAUUAUGGUUAUUGUAAAUUGUUACCCAUGAUGGUAUGAGGGUGUUUGUGUUCAAACUUCUCUUUGAUCUGUUCUUUAUUUCGUCUUUUAGGUCCGCACCAAAGACCACCGGUUUGAAAGUGUGAGUCACCUCAUCAGUUACCACAUGGACAACAGACUCCCCAUCGUGUCAGCUGGUAGCGAAGUGUGUCUGCAGCAACCAGUGGAGCGCAGGGCCUGAUGCUACACACACCAAAAUAAGAAAAAAUACUCCACCAAAUAUAGACACACUCCUACAGCCAUUUGACACAAGACAACCAUUAUGCUCAGUCACACGAAGCAACACUACACUUUACACAUUCAAGAAUAUAAAUGCACAAACCAUCACAAAGGAAGCCAAAAAAAAAAAGAAAGAAAGAAAGAAAUCACCGUUUUCUCAGCUAAAUCACUCUCAUGCUGCUGUUGCUACAUAUUUCUGUCCUAUCUGAAACUGAACUGAAACUGUGACUUCCAGUCCUCCACUCCAACAGCUAUCAGGCGCAUCCCUCCAUGAUGGAGAAGUACUGCUGCAAUUUCUCUACAGCCUACUGUGAACCAGGGAGGAGCCCUUAUUUCAGAACAGGGCAGAAAAAAAAUGCAAAUUUUUUUAAGUACAUCAAAUCUUAUUGUGUGACUAUGAAAAAAAAAAACAUUUUACUAACACAUGGAAUCGUGUCAAAAAAAAUAUGGAACUGACACCUGAAAAAAAGGAAUAUAUAUGGGACAUUGAAUGAGAUUUAUGUGCUAUUGAGCAUGUGAUCUUUUAUUUUGGGGGAUUUUUUUCCCCUCAGACUUGCUGGAGCAUAUCAGGCAAAAAAAAAAAAAAAGAGAAAAGAAAAAAAAAACCUGAACGGUUCGAUGAUUCUUUAUUUGAGAGACUGAACCAGGCUCAAACAUAAACACUCCCCUCAUGUGUCACUGCAGCACUUCAGCAGCAAACCUGACUGUAACAAUCCUGCCUGGGGAAUAUGCAUUAAAAAAAAUGCUUCCGAUCAUAAUCAGGAGGGCCACCUUAACCCCCAACCACUCCCUUUUUAUGGACCUUUGAACUUUGACCCGUGGAGUGACAGCUGGUGGUGAGGAAAGCCUGUAUGCAAAACUGGAGACUGCUAUGCCAAUGAUCAUUUUAUAUGUUCUGUUUUUUAAAAUCUGUUAUCUUGGGACUCAUUACUCAUUGGACAUUCAGAGAUCAGGAGAAUCGAAGCAGCUGUUACUCCGUAAUCCUUCUGUCAACACGGAUACACCUUUACUACACAUGCGGUCUGCACCACCUGUCAUGCCAAAGAACAUGAACUUGGUCGCUAACAGAUAAAGCCAUGACGAUAAUCCACAGUGAUCUGUUUCGUGUGCUAACAGCAUGAGGAGCAUACUUAAAAAGCAGGAAUAUAACAAUGAGACUGUUUUAAAGGGGAAUACAUCAUAUCAAAGUUUUGAAAUGUCGCCUACAAACACAAUAUCUUGUACGUUUUGAGAGGCAUAGAGUAGAUCAAAGACCUGUUGCUUUAUGUUGACUCUUUUCUAUGUGUUUGCAUUGACAAUCUAUGGGUUCUAUCUUUACGAUCUUGUGAUCUGUAAUUGAGGGAGAGUAAGUAACGGAGACCCCUUUAAAUGACAGGCCGAGCCUUUCUCCAGUCCAUAUUUUUGGGGUUGGCAGAUUUGGAAAUGGUUUUCGUCAGUGAACUGGGACAAGAGUGAGGACUUGAAACUCGAGGGAUUCGUUUCGUGAAAGCAGGUUUAGAGACAAUGGCAGCACUCCAGACAGGAGCAAAAGUCAUCUGUGUGUAUGUUUCUAAGAUGAAUAUGUAAAUUACACAAGUGCAUAUUAACACAAAAAAGUCAAACACCCUUUGAGUCUGGUCAACGGAGGGUGUUCACUUCUACCAAACUAAUAAUGCAGGAAUUUAUACGAAUACAGAGAUUUGGACACAGUUCAUUCAUGAAUCAUGAAAAGUGAAUUCAAAUGAAACAACCUGACAUUUUACUCUUUAACAAACUAACAUGAAAGAAACUGGAACUGCUCCUGUUUCGAAUUGGCCAAUUGUUGUCUGCCUGCGUUCACCAAAUACACCCCUUCUGAUCUGCUGUGAUUCUCUGACCGGAAACAUGUCUGUAUCUUUUGGACCCAUAUCAUGUGGACUUUAGUAAGACUAAAUUCAGUGACCUUUGAAGAAUGUUGAACAGUCUGAGCAAUGAGUCUGAAGUGUGCUGUAGUAACUGGUAAUGUAAUGUUUGUGUACAGUGAUGUUGCUUUAUUUUUUAAUCACUCGAGGGAAUACUAUCCUUUUUUAAAGUGAUCAAAAAGAGUGGGUCGGGGCUAAUUAAACAUAAGGACAUACAUGUUUUCAGAGCAUUGCUAAUGAUACAAUGUUAAGCCAAAUGUUGCUCCUCAGCUUGCAGUUUUCACAAACUUAAGAGGAUGUGAGAGGGGAGAAGUCCACCGUGUUAUUUCUCCUCCUCCUCUCUUAGUUCAUGGUGUUGUUUUUUUAAUGUCUGUUUUAAUCGUGCCUUGUUUCUUCAAUGCAGUCACGUCACUUCAAUGCAGUCACCUUAUGUACUUAACUCAAAUGUAGUCGCCUACAGGAGAAUUUCAACACAAGCCUCUCAGUUAAACAAAGACACUGCAAAAACGACACUCCAAUAGACACACAAUGACAGAUCCAGUGAUGGCAAUCUCCUCUGAUGCACAUUCUUGCAUUAAGCUUUUGGUCACAGAUACUUGAUGUCACCAAUUUGGAGGGAUCUUUCUUGAACAUCUGUAAAUAACAUCCAUCUUUGCCUGGUCAGCAUAGUGUUGGAAUAUUGUCUCCAUAGUUGUGUAUUUAAUGGUAAGCAACGCAAAGCCAGACAGCAAGCACUCUUAGCGCUUCAAGCCAACUAAACUCGUCAAAGAAGAUCGAGGCCAAACUUUAGACAUGAGAAGGGAUCGUUCAACCUAACUCUCUACUAGUGCUGAGACCCCAAAGUGGGCUCACAUGCCCAGUCUUACAUGUGAACGCACACAUGCUUGAGUGAAAGCUGGGUCAUUCAGACGCACACACACACACACACACACACUGCUGCCUGUUCAGGUGUUUGUAGGUCAGAGAGAGGAAAGUCAGAGCUUCAAGUUCUGCAGUUGAUAUGUGUGCCUGUUUGUUUGUGUGUGUGUGUGUGUGUGUCCUGGAACAGACCCACCUGAUCCUCUCCAUUAUUAGUGAAUUUGUCGUGUGUAAUCAUUGCUCUUCACAGAUGCCUUUGUUGCAUGAAAAUCCUUUCUCUUGUUUGUUGUUGCUGUUGUUGUCGUCGUUGUUAAUGGUGGUGGUGGUGGUGUUAUAGUGUUGAUAAUGCUGUUGUAUUUUUUUGAUUUUUGAAAGCCAAAGGUUCCUUUUGAAUAGUGUGCACAGAUAUUGAUUUUUACUUUGUAUAUGUUCCUGUUUUAAUACUGUUUUUGUUUGUUUUUAGGGAAACAUGUUGGUUUACACCUGUAUCUGAAAAUAUAGAUUGCAUAUAUAAAUACAUUUAUCAUUCAUCCCUUA